AUGUACGCGCAUAGCACUCGAUCCCAUAUUCCGCAGCCGCCGCACAGCGCGGGUACGCCCUACAAAGGCCUACGUGCGGCUAUAGACCCCAACCAAAUACCUUCGCCGAUUGACACCAUCGAGGCCGACAGAGAGAAAUGGGAGGAUCAGCCGUACAUGACCCUGCCGGGACAGCACCCACCUCUGUCCACCACGGACUUCGUAGCUAUAGACCAAGGAAACUCGUCGCCCAGAUAUGUCCGCAUGUCCACAUGGAACGUACCAAGCACCUCACGCCUUGCGUCGGAAUGCGAGGUUCCCGUAGCUGCAGUUAUCCAGCCACUCGCAGACCAAGAUCCCCGGGAAGAGCCGAUUCCGAUUGUGGAGCCAGGUCCGGCUGGCCCCGCGCGAUGCGCUUCCUGCAGGGCGUACAUCAACCCAUGGUGCACCUGGGUAGCAGGCGGGGCGAAGUGGAAGUGCAAUCUGUGCGGCCACGAGACGGAAGUGGCAUCGGAAUACUUCUGCAACCUGGAUGCCAACUUUCUCCGGUUGGACCAUUUGCAACGACCUGAGCUGAACAAGGGCACUGUCGACUUCGCCGUUUCAGAAGAAUACUGGACUCCCCAACCACCGCCCAGUAUCCGACCCCUGUACUACUCCGUCGUUCCACAGCCUACAACCGGCGUACGGAAGCCACAACCUAUGGACUAUGUCUUCGCAUUCGACGUCUCACAAGAAGCCGUUCGCUCCGGCUUCCUGAAGACAGCGUGCGCGGUACUACUAGCAGCGCUCUUCGGUGACGACGAAUCAAUACCUUCCUGUUUCCCCCAAGAGAGCCGCAUUGCUAUUUUGGCUUUUGAUCGGACAUUACAGUUCUACAACCUCUCUUCAGAAAUCGCUGGUCAGCCGCCGAUGAUGGUCGUGCCUGAUGUUGACGACGUCUUCCUGCCGUCGCUCGCUGGUCUGUUCGUGAAGGUGGAUGAUUCAAGGAACGCCAUCGUAGACCUCCUGACUACUCUUCCAAUGCGACAUGAGCAGACCUUCGAGACCGAAGCUGCGCUCGGCUCCGCCUUUGCCGCCGGUCUCGCCGCGUUGCAUCUAACAGGCCUUAAGGCAGGGAGAGGAGGCCAACUGGUUGCAUUUGCUGCUACACUGCCCACCAUCGGCAUCGGCGCCCUCCAACCGCUGGCGGACGAGGCAGCACUGUACGGCACGGAUAAGGAGAAGACACUCUUCAUUCCCCGAGAAGAUACAUGGAAAGACAUUGGCGAGCAAUGUGCAGCUGAGGGCGUCGGUGUCAGCAUGUUCCUCGGAAUGGGUCGGCCUAUCGAUGUCGGGUCAAUAGGCAUCGUGUCCACUCUCAGCGGUGGGGAGCUGUUUUUCUACCCGAAGUUCGACCCGAUCAGAGACGGUAUGGCUCUGUCGUCCCAGGUCAGGCGGCUCGUCUCGCGGACAACAGCCUACUCGUGCUCUAUGCGAAUACGUACCUCGAACGGGCUGAGAGUCGCGAGCCAGCUCGGUAACUUCUACGAGAGCGCCGCGGCAGACCUCGAGUUCGGCACGAUGGACGCGGACAAGACGAUAUGCGUGGGGCUCGAGCACACACGCACGCUAGACGACAGACAGUACGCCUUCAUCCAGGCGGCGUUGUUAUACACCACCGUGGCGGGCCAACGCCGCGUGCGGGUGUUCAACGUUGCCUUGAAAGUUGUGACGCUUGCGGGCAAUGUCUUCCAGUAUGCAGACAUGGACGCUGCUGUGUCGUUCAUGGUGCGACAAGCGAUUUCGAAGAUGUCCUCUCAGAAGAUCUCGCAUAUCCACGAAGACCUCACGGAGAAGUGCGCACUCAUCCUGUAUGCGUACCGGAAGUUCUGCGCGGCGUCCGCCGCACCCACACAGCUCAUCCUUCCCGAGGCAUUCCGUACGCUGCCGCUAUACAUUCUCGGCAUGAUGAAGACGAAGCCUCUCAAAGGACGGAACGUCACCGCCGACGUGCGCAACUUCCACGCGCACAAGAUCAUGGCCAUGAGCACGCGCAGCAUCAUGUUCCACCUCUACCCACGCAUGCUCGCCGUGCACGACCUCAACGACGAGAUCGCGCUUCCGGACGCGAACGGCAAGAUCGACCUCCCCUCGCUCAUGCGCGACAGCCACCUCUUCAUGGAGUCCCACGGGGUCUAUCUCAUCGACAAUGAGGACAUGACGAUCCUCUGGAUCGGCGGGAGCGUCUCGCCGCAGCUGCUCAAGGACCUGCUCGACGUGGACGACAUCAUGCAGGUCGACCCUCACAUCCUGCACCUCCCGGUGCUGCAGACGCGGCUGUCGACGCAGGUGCGCAACAUCCUCGCGAGCCGCUUCGCGCAGCGCGGGUACGCGCCGCGGUUCGUGCUCGUGCGGCAGAACCUCGACGGCGCGGAGCUCGAGUUCAGCGACAUGCUCGUCGAGGACCAGAACAAUGCGGCGAUGUCGUAUCUUGACUACCUCUGCUUGGUGCACAAACAGAUACACACGGCGCUGACAACGGGGGCGUCGUUGUCCUCUGGUCAUGGGGGAUUCCGCUCCAUGCCUUGGUAA